AUGUUGAGAUCCUUGCUCAGUAGAAACUCGCUAGGGUUGCUGCCAAGAUCAAUGAUGCCGCUUCACCAAAACAGAAUUGUCGCAUCUAGACUUAUCUCAUUAAAACCAAACUUUUCCAAGUUCAAGCUCAAAGAACAGCCUCCAGGGUUUAUUGUGGGCACAGUCAACGAUGCAUAUAAGGCUCCAGAGCCAGACCACUAUCAUGGCAGCAACCACUGGACUUACGAUAGAUUUCUUGCCAUUAGUCUUGUUCCAUUGACUGCAGUCCCCUUUGUGAUGGGAGUGAAUUUCCCCAUGAUCGACACGGCGUUCUGCUUGGCAGUGCUCUUCCACUCGUACAGCGGAUUCAAGUCUUGCAUUAUUGAUUAUAUUCCUGAAAGAGUAUAUGGGUUCUGGCACCGUGCGGCCAUGAAGUUAUUGACUCUUGGCUCAGCUAUUUCCAUAUAUGGCAUCUAUGUGCUCGAAACGACGGAAAACGGUCUCUUUGAUCUCGUAUCCAAGAUAUUUGGCGCGUAG